CAUUGUUUAAAAUGAUACCGCUGCAAUGAGAGAAUUCUUGUACUGACAAUAUAACUGAGAUGAUGUUUAUUGUUGACUAAACGUGUAUCAAAAUUAUAACACCUAGGCACAAAAUGCAAAUGUGCCAAAAAAUAGCAGCAAGAUCUAAGCGCAAAUUGUUUUGUUUUUUGUUUUGAGUGUGUCGCGUAAAUGAACGUAGCUGUCUUUUAUGGUAAUUAACGCGCGGGUCAUGGAUCAUUUGUUGAGUUCCAAUACGCUGCAGUGCAAAGAGUUCAAACGGACAUUUAAAUGAGACGCCCUACGGUUUGAACCGUUUGGCUGAAAAUAGCAACAGAAUUAGGCCUCUAUUCCAAGUUCCAGCAUUUAAGUACGCCUGGAGGAGCUUAUAGUUUCAGAAUGAACAAAUGGUUUUGAGUAAAGAGAUAGGAGUACCAUACUGUGCGUGCAAAAAUUCAGGACACGAGGAAAAAGUUGCGGUUGAUUUAUCAGCUGGUAGGUCCAUGAACGUUAACUAAGUAAUUCGAAUGGAUGAAAAGAAGCAUUUGAAUACAGAGAAACUUAUUUCGCCCCAAAGCGACGACGACGAAGAUGAGAACAAUUCUCGUGGUUGUGCAAGUUCGUAUUUGGUUGAGGAGCGAGAGAACGGCAAAAAGACAUUACCGCAUAAAUUUCGUCAGCGCUGGACCAAAGCGGCUUCAUUGCUCGCUUUGGUUUCAUUCAUUGCAGCCGUUGGUUUCAGCUUAGCGUCAUUUAUAACUUCGCAGGCAACUGAAAGUUCAGCUGUGUUCGCGGCAGGUUUCGACGCUUUCUUUGCUGCUAUCAAUGUAGUUGCCGUAUGUUGGAGGUUUAGAGACGAAUUGAAUGGAGAAAUUGGCCCGAUGCGUGAGAAGAAAGCUACUUCGGUCAUAGCCAUAACAUUUAUUUGCGGUGGCAUUGCGACAAUCGUAAUUGCAUUAUACCACCUCGAAAUCAAGGACCACCCUGAGAAGACAGGAGAAAUGAUGAUCGUGCUGGGCGUUGGUUUCGUAAUAUAUACCAUUCUGGCCUUUCUCCAGUGCUAUGUUGCAAAAAUGUUGCAGAGUUCCUCCAUGAAGGCUUUAUCAGUUGACUCGGCGCUAGCGGCGGCUAUGUCUAUCGGACUUCUUGGCUCGGCUGGUAUUUACUCCGAAGUCAACAAACUUUGGUAUCUGGACCAUGCCGUGGCUACAGUAUUAGGCGCUGUUUCGUUAAUAUACGGCAUUGCAUUAGGAAUAGAAAUAAUACAGUUCAAAAUAAAGGAAAAAAUCAUAUCAUCGUUUCAGAAAGAAUUUAAGAAAGAUGAAAACUAGAAAAAAUGACAGAACUCCUGAUAUAUAUUAUUUUUUCAUUGGAAUACGCAACUGAUUUAAAAAUUCCAACAAAUUUCAACAGUGCCACAGUUUUCGAAAACUUGUAUUUUUCACUAUCUGGGAAUAGCACCAGUUUCUUGUAUCAUAAUUAACUGCACGUUCAAUUCCGAUCACUGCGUUUGCUGUUGAUGUCAUGAUAUUUAACGCCUAUAUCGCUAUUGGAUCAGUUGCAUUUUUGUAUGAUGUUUGUAAAUGAUAUUCAACACCGGAGCCAUCUUUUAAGGGCUUUGUGCACUUUAUGAUGUUGGCCAAAGAGACUGGAAUUAUUUUGUCAAGAAAGGCAGCAAAGAAAAUAUGUAAAUUCACGGUCAGUAAACUUUGUAAUGAAUUGGCCUAGUUUCUCAGAAGCACAUGUAGGUCUUUCUGUUAAAACUUACUCUUGUGGUGUGGAAUAAAAUGCAAGAAAAGAAA